GAAGCCGGGAAGGAGGCGUCGAAGGCCGGCAGCCUCGCGACCCAAAAACCGGACUCGACCGGCGGCUGAUCAGACUGACUGACUGACGGAAGGGAGGAAGGAAGGAAGGACGGACGCGUGUGCGCACGCGCGAAAUUGACAAGAUUCAGAAGGGUGAGUCAAAGAAGGAUGAGGAGGAGACCUACCUGGACUUGUUUUCCCAUAAAAAUAUGAAGCUGAAGGAACGAGUUCUGAUCCCAGUCAAGCAGUAUCCCAAGUUUAACUUUGUUGGAAAGAUACUGGGACCACAAGGCAACACCAUCAAGCGACUGCAAGAAGAAACCGGAGCAAAGAUUUCUGUUCUGGGGAAGGGAUCAAUGAGAGACAAGGCGAAGGAGGAAGAGCUGCGCAAAGGAGGUGAUCCAAAAUAUGCUCACUUAAAUAUGGACCUGCAUGUUUUCAUUGAAGUCUUUGGACCACCCUGUGAGGCUUAUGCUCUUAUGGCCCAUGCCAUGGAAGAAGUCAAGAAGUUCCUUGUUCCGGACAUGAUGGAUGACAUCUGCCAGGAACAGUUUUUGGAGCUGUCCUAUCUCAAUGGUGUGCCAGAACCAACCCGUGGCCGAGGGAUUCCUGUCAGGGGAAGGGGAGCCGUUCCCCCACCUCCACCUGUUCCUAGUGUGUGGAGUGGGGCAGCAUUGAUGAACAGGGGACGUGGCGUGGGGCCACCUCCUCCUCCUCCGCGUGGAGCCCUUGUCCGAGGAGCCCCAGUGAGAGGUGCCAUCGCAAGAGGAGCAGCUGUGGCCCGUGGCGUUCCCCCUCUGCCAGCGGUGAGAGGUGCUCCUGCCCCAAGAGCUCGUGCUGCGGGCAUUCAGAGAAUACCUCUUCCUCCCCCUCCUGCACCAGAGACCUAUGAAGAUUAUGGUUAUGAUGAUGCUUAUGCAGAACAAAGUUAUGAAGGCUAUGAAGGCUACUACAGCCAGGGUCAACAGGAAACAGAAUAUUAUGACUACGGACAUGGUGAGGCUCAAGAAUCUUAUGAGGCAUAUGGUCAAGAUGACUGGAAUGGGACCCGGCCCUCCCUCAAGGCCCCUCCAGCGAGGCCAGUGAAAGGAGCUUAUAGAGAGCACCCAUACGGACGCUACUAAAGCAUUCAUGAGGGGGAAAUAUCACUUUUGAGCAAACAGUUGUUUCUGAUUCUUGUAUCUCCCAGGAUUCCUGUUGCUUUACCCACAACAGACAAGUAAUUGUCUCCCUGAUUUUUCUCUGGCUCCCUUUUUCUCCCACCUCCAUCCUUCCCCACCACUUGACCCUGCAUUCUUGCUUCUGUAUGUAGUAUUUUAAAAAAAAAACAUAUAUAUAUAAGUUAGAUUUAGAAAAUGGGAUUCGAUUUUUAAGUGUGUAGAAUGCUUUUUUUCUUUCUCUCUGUUUAGAUAUAUAAACACAACUGUACCUUUAAAAAGAAAAAGUCGAGAUAAAAUGUUAGUUUCCAAAGUGACAUGCUUGCUUAACAGUUCUGAAAUUAAAACUUUGUUAAUCUUUUUAAGUAUUUUUUUAUUUUGUUGGUUUGGUUUUUUUAGGCCACCCAUAAAAGUUGUAGUCGCAGAAUCCCAAAAUAGGCUACAUUUCAAAAUUCAGGAUUGUUUUGUUUUUUUUAAGAAUUAAAAUUGUAACGAUAGUGACUGCCGCGACUUAAAAAGUAAGCUCAAAUGUCAAAAACCUUGCCCUUAAAAAGCAGAUUGCUUGAUUAAUCUUUUAAGUUUAAACAUUAGUAGAAAAGAUCCUGCUUAACAAAUUAAAUAUGUUUUCUUCAAUUAAUCUAAUUUAGCCCCUCUCAAAAAAAAAAAAAACAACCUGUAGGCUUAUAACAUUGGCUCUUUCCAUGUGGGUUUUGAAAUCUAGCUCCAGUGUUGAGAUGCUAAGUGGUGGAGAGUAUUUCCAGCAAACGUUGUUCUUUAGCUUAAUUCUGCAUGAAAAAACCUUUUAAGAGAAAUGGACAUCUAGCUGCUCUGUAAUUUUUUUAUAUUGCUCUAAUUGCCCAGUGUUUUGAUAUUAGGAAGUAUUAAAUGAUUAGCUGUGCAUUGUGUCUCUCUCUCUUUCUCUUCUUUUUAUUUUACCCCCCUUAAAGGAAGAUUCUGAACACUUGGGUGUUUGCAAUACAUAACACAGUUCAGGCUUGAAACUGACAAAGCUGUCAAGCUUUCAAGCCGUUCCAGUGACAUGUUUUGUGUCUCUCCGCACUAGCAUUAUGUUAAAAAGGGACAUUGCAGCUGAAAAACCAAGGAGAAAGAGCUUACUUUGUACAUAAAGAUUUGUACGCUGUCCUCCCAUUUUUGUUCUUGGAAGAUUAAAUGCUACUACAUGUGUAAGCCUGCCUAAAUAGGUAGCUAAAAAUUUGUCAAGAUGUCUGCAGCAGUUUGUCAAUAAAGUUUAGUCCUUUUUUAAAUCAAA